CGGGAAAUGCUUUGAAUACUUGCGACAUGGCCGCUCGCAUUGAUUGCCAAGAUUGACAGCUCUAACCAUCGUCUUCUCUUGUCUCUGAGAGAGAGAGAGAUAGGGAGAGGGAGAUACAGGGCAGAUAACAACAAAAGCUCCUUGCAGUUUUGACAGUUUAACUUAAUAGAAAGAACAAGAUCUACUCAUAUGGCCAGUGGAAACCACAGAAUACUUAGUUCUCUUUCCUUUCCUCUACAGAUAGUGAUUUUCAUUUUUAACGUAAUAUAGACUUAUAUGCUACUCAAGAAUCGGGAUACGGUCAGGACCUACAUCUAUCUUUGCUCCACUGAUCGCAAGGGCUAUCUGCUCGUAGACAUCAGAGGAACUGGUGGUUUUGUGAAAAAGAAGAAAAUCCGAACUGGUCCCGGGCAUAAAGAUAUCGACUCCUUGACGCAUAUGUGGUGCUACAGAAUAAUGUCUUCCAAGCAAGCCACGUCUCCGUUUGCCUCCGUCGCCGAUGGGGAGGAAGCUAUGAGUCAAGAUCACCUGUCCUGGGAGAAGGAAGAGAGUGCCGAGGCCCAUGGGACACCCCAGCUGCCGCUGCACAGCCUGCUCCACAGCAAAGGCUCCAUGGGCCAACUGCAGCCCCUUAGCAGCGUCCCACCGGAGAGUGACUGGGACGGCAUGGUGUCAGCCCAGCAGCGCAUGGAAUCUGACAGCAAUAAAGUGUGUUCCCUGUAUUCCUUCCGGAAUAACUCAACCUCCCCACACAAGCCUGAGGAGGGGGCCCGGGAGCGUGGCGACCUGCUGAGCGGAUCUGCAUUUGGAACGCCGGAGCGCCGCAAAGGAAGCCUGGCUGACGUGGUGGACACACUGAAGCAGAAGAAGCUGGAGGAGAUGACAAAGACAGAGCAAGAUGAAUCUGCUUGCAUGGAAAAACUUCUGUCAAAAGAUUGGAAAGAGAAGAUGGAAAGGCUCAACGCUAGUGAGCUUCUGGGAGCAGUAAAAGGUACUCCAGAGAGCCUGGCAGAGAAGGAACACCAGCUCAGUACCAUGAUCUCCCAGCUGAUCAACCUGAGAGAGCAGCUCCUGGCCGCCCAUGAUGAACAGAAGAAACUGGCUGCCUCACAGAUGGAGAAACAGAGGCAACAAAUGGAGCUUGCCCGCCAGCAGCAGGAACAGUAUUAUGAAGAAGGGUGUUCCAUGAUUGCCCGACAACAGCAGCAGCUUUUGCAGCAGCAGCACAAAAUCAAUCUCCUCCAGCAGCAGAUUCAGCAGGUCCAGGGUCACAUGCCUCCGCUCAUGAUCCCCAUUUUUCCACACGACCAACGCACUCUAGCAGCAGCGGCCGCAGCCCAGCAAGGCUUUCUCUUCCCACCAGGAAUCUCUUACAAGCCAGGUGAUAACUACCCGGUGCAGUUCAUUCCAUCCACAAUGGCAGCUGCGGCAGCGUCAGGACUCAGCCCCCUCCAGCUUCAGCAACUGUACGCCGCCCAGCUUGCCAGCAUGCAGGUCUCUCCUGGAGCCAAGAUGCCACUUCCCCAGCCUCCGAACAACAGUGGGCCCAUCUCCCCCUCUGGCCUGAAGAACGACAAGAGGUCUUCCAGCCCCAUCACUCAAGUCAAGGAGGAGGGAACGCAGCCUCUCAACCUAUCCUCCCGGCCCAAGACAGCGGAGCUGGUCAAGUCCCCCACGUCCCCCACACACAGCAUGUUCCCGGGCAGCAAGAGCAGCCCCAACAGCCUGUCAAAGAGUGGCAUCCCCAGCCCCCUCGGAAGCAUGGGACGUGGUUCUUCUCUGGACAUCCUGUCCAGCCUGAACUCCACUGCGCUGUUCGGAGACCAGGACGCGGUGAUGAAGGCCAUCCAGGAGGCGAGGAAGAUGAGGGAGCAGAUCCAGCGAGAGCAGCUGCAACACCAUCAGCAGGACAUGGAGGCCAAGCUCUCCGCCCUCACAGGCCUCAACAACUGCAGUAGGGCCGACAAGAGCUGGUUCACUGAGUACAUUGAGCGGGCACACUUUGAGAGCCUUGGGCACCAUCACCUUAGCAAGCUGGGCGAGGAUGGCAAGAUUGGACACAGAGUCAUCGACCUCACCAGGCCAGAGGAUCUGGAUGGGUGGAAAGCUCUGAAUGGCUCUGGUACCGGAGCAGAUAAACCACAACAGUAUUAUUGUUGGCCUACAGGAGGCACCAGUACGGCCGAGGCGCGGGUCUACAGGGAAGCCCGGGGAAGGAACAGCAACGAGCCCCACAUCAAGAGGCCCAUGAAUGCCUUCAUGGUGUGGGCCAAGGAUGAGCGCCGCAAGAUCCUCCAGGCCUUCCCAGACAUGCACAACUCCAACAUCAGCAAGAUCCUGGGCUCUCGCUGGAAGUCCAUGACCAACCAGGAGAAGCAGCCCUUCUACGAGGAGCAGGCCCGGCUCAGUAAGAUCCACCUGGAGAAGUACCCCAACUACAAGUACAAGCCCCGGCCCAAGAGAACCUGCAUCAUCGACGGGAAGAAGCUCCGCAUCGGCGAGUACAAGCAGAUGAUGCGCUCGCGACGGCAGGAGAUGAGGCAGUUCUUCACUGUGGGCCAACAACCGCAGAUCCCCAUCAGCACCAGUGCCGGCGUGGUCUACCCUGGGGCCAUAACCAUGGCAACGACCACACCCUCCCCUCACAUGACGUCAGAAUGCUCCAGUGCCUCAGCAAGCCCGGAGCCGGCCAUUCCCGUCAUCCAGAGCACCUACAACAUGAAGAUAGAGCCCUGUGCCAUGGUAACCAAUGACCCCCUCAUCAACGGAGAGGUAGAUGAGAUGGACAUGUACGAGGACUUCGAUGAGGAACCCAAAUCGGACUACAGCAGUGAGACUGAGACACUGGAGCCCAUCGUCGGCGCCAACUAAAGCCUCUCCACAUCAGAGCCGAGACAUACACACAUUCAUACUGGAGAACCGUACACAGAGCCAAGACUAACUGAAGGAAGAGAAACAAACAAACAAACAAAAAAAAAAGAACAAAAUACAGAACAAAGCGUUCCGAUGUAUCAUUUAGGAGCCUGCAUGCAUAUGUGACUCCGUCAGAAUCAACUACUACCGGUCUUAAAUGUUUUUACUGUGUGUGAAGCAGUUUGGUUUUGUUAGUUUUGGUUUGUUUUUUACUAUCCCAUCAUUUAUUUUUUGGUUUUGUUCAUAGACUUUUACACAAUUGGGUUAUUGCCUACACAACUUUUGAUGACAGGACUUGAAAUGUAAUGUUUGAUAUGAAUCCAUUGUUCUUAGUCUUACUUAUUUUCUUAUGAUACACAUUUUUUUCUUCAGUUAAAUGCUUUUAAUAGAUUUUAUUACUGUUUUUGAUGGGAGUUAUAUAUUCUCACUCAGGUAUGCUGUGCCAGCCAACAGCUUGUGAAUGUUUAAAUCAAAAUUUUUUGAGACUAUUAAGAGAACAACCUAUUUGGAAUUUCAUUAUAACAAAAAACUGACAGAACAUUAGCAGAAUUCUGGGAAAUCAUCAGACUCCCUUAUUAAUUUUAUUAUUAUUAACAUACUGUACAAUUUUGUGCAGAUGUGCCAAACAUUUCAAAUUAAAAACAAAAUUGGAGAGUCUUGAGAGAUGAGACUGCAUUAUUAACAGACAAUCUCUUGGUACAUUAGUGUGGCUUCAACAUUUUUUUUCCUUUUAUUUACCUUCCCAUAGUGAUACACUCAGGAAUCUGGAGACAGUGUGCUGUGUCUAGGCCAAGAACGGGAGGUGAUGUGAUAGCUUCAGGUGUGGUUGUUCAAAAUGACAGCUGUUCUCCAUGGAGACCAGUGCAGUGACCAACAGGCCCCUGUCCCUUCCCAGCUAACCAUCCAGUCUAACACAGAGCACUGUAACACUCUCUUUUCCUCUCAUUCACUCGCUGCUUUCCAACUUAGUCUUACUCACCAAGUUCUUAAUCGGAGCAAUUGUAAUCAAACCAGAAUGCCAAAGGGGCCAAAGGCAUCCAAUCUGUAGGAUUGGAAAGGCAGUGAAAGGCAGCUUUGGGGGCAUUACAAUCACAAAUUGCUGUUUUACAAUGUGUAGCUACACUACAUUUGGUUAAACACUUUAGCCCCUACUGGGGCAGCAAGUUUUAGAGUCUUUGGUCUUAAAACUCUAUUUUAUCUUAAGUCUUUUUUAGACAUUGUACAUCUUAAAUUGACACAAAAUAGUCUUAAAACCGAGCAUACAUUAAUGCCAUGUAUUCAGUAUUGCAACAGUCUUAAGACAAAAGGCAGAGUGUGAGGGUGUAACAUGUGUAAGACAAAAGACUGAGUGUGAGGGUAUAACGUGUGUAAGACAAGCAAGAAGUGUUUCCUUUAUGAGAUGGCUACAAGGUAUCAUAUUAUAAUGAGUUGUAUUAAACAUAACAGUAUUUAAUCAAUGAACCACAACAGAGCUGUGAAGAAUCUCUACAUUGAUGCACUUACUUAUUAACACUUACUAAUUAAUUUUCAUCCCAGUUGGUAUUUUCCAUUUUUAUAAUGGCCAGUUGUCUAUUUUCGAUAAAAACAAAAUUAGUAUUGAAAUUAAUAGAAAAUAAAUUUUCUUUUAAUAUAGAAAGAAUAUGAAAUGUGCAUUAUGCAAUCAUAGUGCUUUAUCUUGUGACAAUCUUAAGUUUGUCACAAACUGAAUCCUUACCCUCUUUAAUUGUCCUUUAAACAUAAAAAAAAAUACACCAGUUUUAUAUUAUUUUUUAUUUUCCUCUGCGUUCAAAGCCUUACUGUCUAUAAUAUGCCCCUCCAACAGGCUGGAAGGACUAAGCUCCUCCUUCUCCUCACUGUCCCUGCCCUGUCUUGACCCCGACCUCUGCCCAUGGCAAGUUUGGCAACCCUCACACCCAGGGGGUGCCAUCUGGCUCAGAGUGGCAGACACUGGAAGGCUGGGGGAGGAGAGAGGGGGAACAAUAAGGAGCACUUAUUGUGCUCUCCAUCAAAGCGCGGGUGGUGAGGCCUCCACCCUGGCUCCAGCCCUGGCCAAGUCGCUAGGCGCUGGCGAGCAGAUGGAACAAGUACAUCAAGCUGUGGGGGAUUAUUAAAAUGACUGACGAGUGGGUAUCACUCAAAUACAGCAUUAUUAAUGCAUGAGCCCGGCUAUUCUCGCCCGUGCCCUUGAACCUGUGCAUUUCAGAUGAAGCCCAGAGGUUUUUUAAAGGAUCAAAUGACUGGUCACCAGCAUUGGCUGGUUGCAUGGCAAAAAACACCUACAACUGCUGGUCACUGCAUUACUCUCUCAGGUCUAAUUGGUACAGAUGGCUCUUAAGUACUUUUUUAUUUUCCUUGACCCAUUCGGAGCUGGCUAUUAUUGUGUUGUAUUGUGUUUGAAAGCAUUUAUCUUAAGUCUUAGAAGUUUUUAAGCACCUCAUUAUUAAUUUACAUUUCAUUUAAAAAUGUUUUGGUUGGUUGGCUAGUUUCGUUGUUGUUAUUGCUAUUUUUAGGUACAAUGCUUUUUUCUAGGAUUGACUCCCAUACACAAACUUUAAACUGAUUUUCCUCCAGGUCAACAUUUUUAAGCUGUGUGCUGGUUGAUUUGUAUGUAUUUUUAUUUGUACAUAUGUUUAUGACCAUGCCAAACCAAUUCAGUGGGCUGGUAAAAAAAAAAAGGACUCUCGAUGGGACUGAAACUUGACUGCGCUUGUAAAAAUAGAAAAGAAAAAAAUGCUUAAAUCUCGCAAGGAGACAAGGUUUCAUAAGUGUUAUAAGCACUGGAUAUAAAUUGUAUUUUUGUCGAUUCUGACUAAUGUGAAACCCAGAAUGAACAAAAGUCAGUUGUGGGCUAGUUCUCACAGUUACCAGAUUUGAGUCAUUUUUCUGUCUACUUGUUUCGUUUAUUUAUGCAAAGACACGUUUAAUGAAUGAACACUUUGUCUAAGCUCCAGGGCCGCCAAGGGGAGAGACAGUGUGCAAGAUAGAUAUUGAGCAGUUAACUCGACAGAAGGCUUGCAUAGUAACUGGUUAGCUGAGAAAUACCGGACUUCAGAAACGCAUUUUAUUGGUUCACAUGUUUUGUGUUGUAUAUUGUAUUUGAAGCUUUAUAGUGAGUAUAGACAUGUUAUUGUAUUUAUUAGCCACCGUUGGCUCUAAAAUUGUCAGUAGAACAUAAUGACAGGACAAUCAGAGAGACAGAAUAAAACAGAUGUUUAAUGAAUUGGAAGUCAAAAAUGUUUGUUUUCAAUAAAAUGCUUAUAGAUUUUAUUGUAAAUAUAACAUAGGAAAUAUAAUUAUAUUUUUGUUCAUGAGUACGUAGUGAUAUAAGUUAUGUAUUUUGUCUGUUUCUUUUUUCUUUCAAUCAGUGUAUGCUGAUCCAUGUUCUUAAAACUGACAAGUCACUGUACCUCAAGUAGAUGAGGAAUAUUUCUCCCAGUAGAAAAAGAUCAGUAUUGGACAGAACUGUAGCAGAGACAGACAGACAGGCACCUGACUUGAUAGCAUAUUAAUGACCUCCCUCAGAUAAUUCAUUGAGCUUCAAUAAUCAGUUAAAUUUAAGGAGCCUUUAAAAAAAUAUAUCAUCCAUUAUAUAAUUACAUGCACAUUUAGCACAGUUAAGGUGCUCUGUAUCUUUAAUAAGGACAAUUGCUUAAAAUUCAUUUGAACAAAAAGCACUUAACAUGUAUGUUUUUAUUAUACUUGUGUGUGCAAACAUGACCCUAACAAUGUGUUAUGUGUUUGUCACAGAUCUCAGUGGUUAUACUGUCAUGUGCCAUAUAUUUCCUGAGGGGGGUUGAUAGUAGCAUAAAUUAAGUUUUGUUGUAAAGGCAAAUCUGCAUGCAUUGUUGCAUUUACAAUUAGAAUAAACUAAAAAGGAUUCUAUUAAUCAGCAAUGUUUUGUUAAAAACACUAGUAUGUUUCUUGGUAAGCUGAAAUUGGAGGGAGUGUGCAAGUAUGUAUUUGUUUUGAUGUGGCACAAUGCCAAGCUACUAGUGGUCAUUCUAGGUCCUCUUCUAUGUGUUGCUGGUUCUUUUUUAAGCUAGCCCAUUCAGCCAUCAGCAAACUUUUGUCAUGACAUUUUUUUUAUUAAUCCAUCUGUGUCUAAGCCAUGUAAAUGCAAACAAGAUUUGACAACUGAGGACAGUGUGUAUGAUGUUUCACACAACUUACUGUAAUUCUUAUUUCUGUCAUUUAACUUUUUGAUGUAUAUGGUGAGAAUGUUCUCUGUGUUAAUUUAAUCAGCACAAUUCACUGACAUGCUGGACUGACAUGCUAGCUGCUGUUCAGGAGUGUACAAUAUGCUGUUGGGGACAACUUAUAUAGUUGUGAAUGGUACUUUGCUUUGUGUGCUGUGUGUGGCUCUUCUGUUGUUGGGGCCAUUGCUGUUUUGAAACCGCUGGCAUCCUGAUACAGUUUUCUGCAUUGAAAUCUAUUUCUUGGCAGGUAUAGGCAGGUUUUGUUUGGGGGUAACUAGAGAAAAUUAAAUAGUGUCUGUUGCUGCUUUGAAAAAAAGUUUUAAUUCUGAAAAUGUAAAUAGUUUAUCAUAAUAUCUUGUACAGUCCACUGUAAAGUUUUUAAUUGAACUUAAAAAAAGGUUGCCGUCACAUUUGUGUUCACAUUCUUUAUACAGUAAAAAAAAGGAAAGCUAUUUGCUAAGGAUAUUAUUGUUAAAAUAAAAAAAGGAAAAAGGUACUAAAAUGUUCUUUUGCUUGGCUUUAAAAUGUAAACCAGCAAGUCUUUGGUUUCCAUGUGCAGUAUUGACGUGAGGUAAACUUAAGGUGAAAUCAUUCUACAGUGGUACUGUAUGUAUUGGAGAGCAGUCUCCUCUGUUUUGGUAGUAUUAAUACAGUAUAUCAAAGAUACACCAGGUAAGUGACACAUUUGGGUGUAUCUAGGCACCUUAGUAAUGUGCAUCUAGGUUGUUUUUCCCCACAGGAUGCAUUCAGGCAUAUUGUAACGUAACAUCAUCUUUCUAUAUGUACUCAAUCAAUUUAUGUAUCAAGGCAGGAGUGGGUUGUAUAACUGCCUAUUUAAGCUAAUUUACCUCAAGUCUCCUCCUUUUCCGUAAAAGAGUAAGAAAUUGUGUGACAAAAAGUCUCACCAUCACUCCAUCUUUUGUACUGCUGUUGACACUUACAAAUUAAAGAGACAUUUUGUUUUAAAA